AGACUAUUCAAAUGACAGUUUUCAGUAGGUUAUGUUAAUUGUCGCAUGUAUGCUAAUAUUUUCUAUUUCUUUUUUUUAAUGGAUUAUUAUUCUGCAGAUUUUUGAAUUAUGAUUACGAUGGAAUGAUUCAUUCGUUUUGAAUAAACGAGUACCGAUAUUUGCGAUUGAGAGUUAUUACAAAACUCAAUCGAAAUGGAAAAGGAAUAUUUAACAAAAGACCAUUUGAUUGGAUUUGAUAAUUACAAGUAUAGCUGCAAAGAUACUGGAAUAUUGAGUAUUUAUGUUAUGCAUCCAUUUUGGAACUGGCUUGUGCAGUACUGCCCCAGAUCGAUAGCUCCAAAUUUAUUAACUUUCACUGGCUUUCUCUUUACUGUGUCUACAUACGUUAUGUUUACCAUUCUGGAUUGUAACUUCUAUGCUAGUGAUCCAGAUCAUCCUGAAUAUCCACCUAUUCCAAAGUGGGCUUUCACAGUCGGAGGAAUAUUUUUAUUCAUUGGUUAUACAUUAGAUGGGAUCGACGGAAAACAAGCCCGGAGGACAGGCACUAGUGGACCUCUUGGUGAAUUAUUUGAUCAUGGCCUGGAUUCCUAUACAGCUGGUCUUAUUCCAGGUGCUAUGUAUUCAAUUUUUGGAAGAGGAAGCACCUACAGUUUGCCUCCUUUUCGGAUGUUUUUCACCAUGUGGAACGUGAUGAUGAAUUUUUAUUUAUCUCAUUUUGAGAAGUACAAUACUGGUGUACUAUUUUUACCAUGGGGAUAUGAUUUUUCCAUGUGGGGUACUAUUCUGACUUUCCUGGUAGCAGGAAUUGGUGGGCAUGAAAUUUGGCAAUUUCGAAUAGGUGGCAUCAAUACUGGAAUGGUAUUUGAAAUGUUACUCUAUGUAUGCUCUCUCAUAUCAAAUGUACCUGUCGUUGCAUAUAAUAUUUAUGCGUCAUACAAAAAUGGAACUGGAAAAAUGAGAAGUUUUUCAGAUGCAAUUCGGCCGCUUUUACCUGUAUCUGCCUUUUUUUUAUUAACCUUGAUAUGGAUUUUAUACUCUCCCAGUAAUAUUGUGGACCGAGAGCCUAGAGCCCUAUUUUUCCUUUUGGGAACAGUUUUUUCAAAUAUAUCGUGUCGCCUAAUCGUCGCCCAGAUGAGUAACACCACAUGUGAGGCAUUCAAUUUAUUAUUAGUUCCUACUUCGUUUGUCAUCAUGGUAUCUAUAUUAACCCAGUGGGCCAGUCUUGAGUUGUUCCUUAUGCACGCUUUAUGUUUGUUCACAACCAUUGCUCAUAUGCAUUAUGGGACCUGUGUGGUUAGGCAGAUGUGCCGCCAUUUCAAAGUAAACUGUUUUACCAUUAAGGAGCAGUCAGAUUGACUAUUGGUAGACAACGCAUGAUGAGGAAUCAAGUGUUGUCCCUCGGAUUUGCAUAAACCAUGUAGCCCUUUAUAAUUUCCCCCAGAGAGUUUAUGUUGUACAUUGUUUUAAUUUUCAGAUUGUUUUUUAUAUAUACGUGCAGGUACCCAGUGUGUAGUUUUGAUAGUUUUAUAUUUGAGUUUUGCAUAUAAGAUGAUUUAAAGGUUCUGUAAAAUUAAUUUGUUUCGUCUGUUGUAUAAAAUAUUUUUUGGCGAAAACGAUUAGACUCAUGUCUAGAGUACAAAAUACUUUUGAGACAUUCAAAUAUUCUUUGAACCCAAAAGAUUUACUGGAAUCAUUAUCUACUUACUUCAAUUCCGAAUGGUAAAUUUCAGGUACUUUAGUUUUACCAUCUUUUGAAGAACUUUUAGAAAAAAUCGGCAGCCAUGAAAAAAUGUUGAAACAAUUAUUCAACUCGGACUGUAUAUAUCUAGCCAAAGAAUUUACAUAGGUUUAAGUUUAUUCCAAUUGUCAUUAACAUUGGAAAAAGCUUAUAAUUAACUACAAUUAUAGGAGAGGUCAUUGUUAUAUAUACUUGUUCCAUUAAAUCUUAUGGAAAAAUUUUAGCAGACAAAACCAUGAUUUUCAGGAACAAAGAGUAUCUUUAUGUUUAAAGUGUAUAUAUUUUCUUAUUAAGCAUUCAUUAUCAUUCCUACAUUGUAUUAUUGUGAAAGUAUCAUAUAGUUUUUACUUUGUCAGUUGAAUAUCUCGGUCAAAUUAACUCAUCAGAACAUUCAAAAUUAUAUACGUUUUGGAUAAAUUGAUCACGUAGUGAGGAGAAUUGCCAAAUAAAGUAGUAACUAAUAUUCUCAACUAUCAUUUCAAACUAUGUGAUACUUAGGUUUUUGAUAUGCAUGUACAGAUUUUUUAUUCGGCAACUGAAUGUUUUCAAGGCAAACCAUUUGUUAAUAUUUUUGUAUUCCUUGCAAGAUACGGAAGCAUGGAAAUUCAUCUAGGGCAUUAAUUUCAUCUGGUUCCUGUUUAUUCAUAUGUGACAGGAAUAUAAACAGAGCUACCAAUGAUUGUAUGAAAAAAUACAAACUUUAUUAUUUUCAAGCAAUACCGAUCGAUCGACCGGCAAUAGAUGAAACAAUGAGUCCAUAGGACAAGUGGUUUUAUAAAGACUUUUGCUCUUAUGGUAUUGCUAAAUAAAAUUUUCUUUGAAAAAUGGAAAUUCAUCGAUAAAAUUCUGAGGUCUUGUGGUAUUACUAUUGAUGAAUUUUCAAUGAAUUCUUGCCAAGUAUUAGCAUAAUCAAUUUGAUAUAUUUUUUAUGUCUGGUAUUACUUCAUGUACUAAACAUUAUUUCCUAUAAUAUAUGAAAAUAGCAACUACUUUUCGUCCAUUCAUCAAUUUCUUGGUGUUUUGGUAAAUUUAUAUCUAAAAAAAAUAUUUUCAAAUUGCUGUGGAUAGAAAGUCUGUCGUACAUUAGAACUUAAGGCCCCAACCAAAAAUUAAUGAUAAACGAGUUUGUCCUAACCAUUUAUUUAUGAAAAAUGCAGUUGAGAAGUUGAUUCACCUUUUUUUCUCAUGCAGAUUUGUGCAAAAAAGUCCAGUCUUCUUAAUUUUUUUUACUUUGAAGUAGCUAAAAUAAAGUUUCCUCAGCAA